CUAGCAAUUACGCAUGCGCAUUUGUUACUAGAAGACAUAAAACAGACACCAAUUAAUUUCAUCUUUGUUUCAUUUGUUUAUGUUUAAUACCUGACACUUUGAGAGGUCAUUGGCAAGAAAAGAUCAUGCUGCCCAGCCAGUACAGUACUUUGAUUCUAGUCAGUGUGUUGGUGAUGUUAGUUCCAGUACAUGUGCAAACAGAAACGUACUGCACAUUACCAGGAUAUUUGUAUAAUGGUUACUAUGAACGGAUUUCAAACACAUUGAUCAUCCGGUGCGAUGCUGGUUACACAUUGAUAGGGUCUCCGCAGCAAGUUUGUAACAGCUUGGGGAUGUGGGAUCCCCCUGAGAUACCUAAAUGCGUAUCAAAUGUGAAGUGCACAAAACCCUAUGCAGUGAACGGUAACAUUACUGGAUAUCGCGGCAGUAACUACUCAGUGGGCGACACUUUUACAUUUACAUGCAGUAGUUUGUACGCCAUUCAGUAUGAUGAUAACAUAGUGCGAGAAGUGGCCUUCAGGUGUAGUCAGGACGGAAUAUGGGUGUCCUCGAGUGGUUUUAAAGUGGAACCAGCAUGUACAGUGUCUGUUUGUGACGCUCCUCCGCAAGUGCCGUACAGUCGUACAGACAUGAGUGAACACUACAGCAUGCCGGUGGAUGGAGAGAUUGUGCUGUACACGUGCUAUGUGGGGUACAUCCUCGUAGAUCCCAAGGCAAACCAGCUGCAGUGCCACAAAGGGGAAUGGCAGGGCAGUGUGCCUUCUUGUGUGGUAAAGCAAACCUGCGGCCGACCCAAUGACAUCCAGAAUGGGCAGUUCUACAAUCCAGACAAUCCAGACACGAACAGGCUUUAUGACUUUGAGUACAUGCUGGGCUCCCACGUGAAGUACUACUGUAAUUAUGGGUACAAACUGGUGGGGGACGCUACUCUGUUUUGUGAGCAGGAUUCAAAGUGGUCGCAUUACCCACCACAGUGUAUUUCCGUGGAAGAUUCUACGAAGUACUGCCCCGGGCUGCGGUCCAUCAAUAACGGUCGCUGUUUCUGCGAGUCUAAGAGUGACAUCCAGUACUGCGAGCCUUUCUAUGCUGGACUGCAUGUGGAGUGCGUGUGCGACAGUGGCUACACUAUGCGAGGGGAGUCCAUAAUCACAUGCAAGCGUAGUGGAGAGUGGGACUAUGACAUUCCUGCCUGUUUCCAAGACCAUGAAAUUAACGGCGACACUAGAGGAGAAUCAGCCAGUUCCCAGUACCACAUGAGUACCCUAGCUAUUGUUGUGGCAACAGCGUGCAGCGUUCUAGGCGUCCUCCUGCUGGUCAUGGUCGUCAUGGUGUUCAGACGUCGUAAGCCACACCCUCCCCGCCUCUGUCGACCCUCCUCGGUCCCGCCCCCUUACUCUCGCGUUCAUAGCAACUCAUUAGACGAGCAUGACCGAAUGCUUCUGAUCGGCUAUGAUAAUACACAAAUUACUCUACCCUCAUAUGAAGAGGCAACGCGGAGAGGAAACAGUCCAAUUUCCGGAAACUUCCUCCAAAGGUCAGGAGGUCAAGGUCAAGUGGGAGAAUAUCGACCUUUACCGAGCAUUCCGUCAAACUUCCGCUCCAGUCAGUUGCCUCAUCGCGAUACGACAAGCCGACAUUCUAUCAUCACCACAAGCACGAUGAAUAGGGAUGGGAUCUCAGAGCGCGAGGUUUUCGGCUCCAUCGACACUGUGAACGUGAGUGUCAGUGAUGCCAGUACCGCUGUUACCAUCGAGUCAAUGGACAGUGCCUCCUCCCACUAUUCCAACAUGUCGAGGAGGGCCAAUGCAGGCAGUAUCAACUCCUCCAACGGGAGUCUCGUGACGGAAGAUGUUCCGUUAUUAGACAGUGCCCAGAGAGACAACGAAAUAGACUCGGUUUCAAACCAAGAAGAUGUCACGGACAAACCGGAUUCAUGAAAAAGGAGCUUUCUCUGUGGUGACUGCUUACUUGCCACUGAGCCACUCAGUGUGUGUAAGAAAACAGUGGCAGUUACUGACUCUAAAAUUCCUACAGAAUAUUAUGAAAUAUACCCCCUAUAUCAAAAACCUGCGGCGUUUUUAGGAAGCAUGGCACUCUUGUCUGAUUUUGUUAGGAUUGUCUGAUUGUUUAUGUUCAGGGAAGCCUGUCAGUUAUUUUAUUUUCUUCUAGUUGUUAUUUUGUAGGACUCCCAAAAUUGCAGCCGUGGAAGUCCUGGCAAGAAAAAAAGGCAGACAAAUGUUUGAUGUUAAUUAUUCUUUCCAUUUUUACUGAUUUACUGGCCAUGAUAGCGUUGUAUCAAUAAAAAACGCCCACCAACUUUUUAGUUUGAAACUUGGAGGUAAAAAACUGCGCUAUUCAUGGUAACUUACAGUAAUUGGCAUUUACUGCAUAUGGAAAAAGAGAUCUGAGAUUAAGCAAAGCUUGAAUUGUAAACUUUACCAUCUGAUAUCUUCAAAUGCUUGUAACAUCCAUUUUUAUUCGACAUUAAAACCAUUUUUAGCUAGGUGAAAGGCUUGUUUGCCAUUAGUGACAAUACAUACAAAAAGAAAGGGUACAGAAUCUGUUUCAGAAGUGACAGUUUUCCCACUGUAUUGCUGAUGUGUCUAAAGGUUUAUUUAUAAGAAAAUUGAAUUGAAUGCAAAUUCUGUGUCCAAAGCGAUGUAUGUGUAUAAUCCUUUUAAAAUUUACUUUUAGAAUGUAUUUUAUCUAUGAUGUGCAGUGCACUUUCUUAAUUUUUUUAUGGUCAACAUUGAGGAGAAAUGAAUAAAAGCAAACAAUAAGUAGAAUUGUAUCAAUAUUUUUGUAUCAUUGAUUAUCAUUGAUGUAUGUACAAAAAGGGUACACUUUGUUGAAAUAAUCGAUAUAUGUUAGGUUAAAAAGUUUGUAAUGAUUAUUUAUAUUUCAUAUCGGAUAGGACUGAAAUCAAUGUAUUUUCUGCUGUAAUUUAUCCAAAGUUUUCAAGUUGUGAUAAUAAUACUUGAACAUUCAAAUGGCAUUACCUCUACCUUCACUCCUUAUGUAUACAUAUCAGUUAUUUUAUUCAACAAUAGGCGUUAAAGUGUGGGGGUUGUGGCAAUGAUUUUUUAGUCUGAAUGGGCUCUGGGCCUAUUUUGACAUCACAAGAGUCGUCAAAAUCCACAAAACAUGAAGUAAAGGAUGACCCACCUUGUAUACAAUACUUGUUUAAUGUGAUCUAAAGCCAGAAAAUUAAGUGAAGUACUUUUACAGUAAUCAUAAUAUGUAUGCAGUUAGACGCAGCAUGAUUCUGAUUUUUUUUAUACCCCCACAAAAGAAGUUUAAAGGGGUAUAUAGGAUUGAACUUGUCGGUUGGUCGGUCGGUCUGUCUGUCUGUCCGUAUUAAGUGUCCGCUCUCUAAUUCAAGUAGUUUUCAUCCGAUCUUCAUCAAACUUUGUCAGAAGUUGUAUCUACCGGUACAUGAUGUCUAGGCCAAGUUCGAACAUGGGCCUUGCCGGAUCAAAAACUAGGUCACGGGGUCACUUAGUGCGUUUUAAACAUUCAGCAUGAUGUCCGCUCUCUAAUUCAAGUAGUUUUCAUCUGAUCUUCAUCAAACUUGGUCAGAAGUUGUAUAUAGAUGUUCUUAAGGCCAAGUUCGAGCAUGGGCCUUGCCGGGUCAAAAACUAGGUCACGGGGUCACUUAGUGCGUUUUUUAACAUUCAGCAUGGUGUCCGCUCUCUAAUUCAAGUAGUUUUUAUCCGAUCUUUACCAAACUUGGUCAGAAGUUGUAUCUACAUGAUGUCUAGGCCAAAUUCGAACAUGGGCCUUGCCAGGUCAAAAACUAGGUCACAGGGUCACUUAGUACGUUUUACACAUUGAGCAUGGUGGCCGCUCUCUAUUUCAAGUAGUUUAAAUCCGAUCUUCACCACACUUAUUCACAAGUUGUAACUAGAUGAUGUGUAGGUCAAGUUCGAACAUGGGCUAUGCCGGGUCAAAAACUAGGUCACUGGGUCACUAAGUGUGUUUUAAACCUCACCAUGUUGUCCGCUCUCUAAUUCAAGUAAGUUUUAUCCCAUCUUCAACAAAAUUGGUCAGAAGUUGUAUCUUGAUAAUGUUUAGGGAUAGUUUGAAUAUGGGUCAUGCCGGGUCAAAAACAAGGUCACGGGGUCACUCAGUGCGUUUUAAACAUUACAAUGUUGUCUGCUCUCUAAUUCAAGUAGUUUUCAUCCAAUCUUCACCAAACUUAGUCAGAAGUUGUAUCUAGAUGAUGUCUAGGUCAAGUUUGAAUAUGGGUCAUGCCGGGUCAAAAACUAGGUCACGGGGUAUCUUAGUGCGUUUUAAACCUCACCAUGUUGUCCGCUGUAUAAUUUAAGUAGUUUUCUUCCAAUCCUCACCAAACUUGGUCACAAGUUUUAUCUAAAUGAUCUCUAGGACAAGUUUGAACAUGGGCCAUUCUGGGCCUAAAACUAGGUCACGGGGUCACUUAGUGCGUUUUUUAACAUUCAGCAUGGUGUCCGCUCUCUAAUUCAAGUAGUUUACAUCUGAUCUUCACCAAACUUGGUCAGAAGUUUUAUGGAGAUGAUCUUAAGGCCAACUUAGAACAAGGGCCUUUCUGGGUCAUAACUAGGUCAAGGGGUCACUUAGUGCUUUUAAAAAUUGAGCAUGGUGUCCGCUGUUUUUUGGGAAGACGACAUGCAAAAUAUUAUGUGUCAAUGCGGCAUGUGGGGGUAUUCGUCAUGUCUGUGACAAAGCUUUAGUUAAAUUUUAUAUACAUGUAGUUUUAAAUUUAAUGGAUAAUAAUAUUUAUUAAUAUCUCAUAUCCUAAAAGGAAGUAAUUAUGAUGAAAAUAAAUCAUGUAACUUAUAAUACAUUAAUUUUGCAAAAGUUGAUUUCUAAACAGCACAGUUAUACAAGGCCUUGUAGUUCUAUGUGUUUAUUUCUAAAAAGAAGUCUAGAUUUGCGAUUUAAUUAUUUGUAUGUUUUGAUAUCAUGUUUGCUUUAUCAUGUGAACAGCUUUUAUAUGUUUGUUAAUUUAAUAUGCAACUUCUUGAUUUAGCUGUGAUUCAUUUUUGCAAUACCGCAUAAUAUUGGCCUAAACCAAUAGCUUUUAAUCAAGGAUCUUUUAAGGGUUGUAUAUCUAAACAAAUGUAAUCAAGGAAUUUUCAAGGGUCCCAUUUUUUUUAAAUAUUUAUACCCCCAUUAUUGGUAAUAGGGGCUAUAUAGGAGUCACUUUGUCGGUCUGAUGGUCGGCUGUCGGUCUGUCCCGAAAUUUCAUCCGAUCUUCACCAAACUUGGUCGCAAGUUGUAUCUUGAUGAUGUCUAGGUCAAGUUUGAAUAUGGGUCAUGCCAGCUAAAGUACUAGGUCACGGGGUCACUUAGUGUGUUUUAAACCGAAAGUUUGUCCGGACCAUAACAAUGUCAUUUAUCGUUAGAUUUUAAAAUGACUUGGUACAUUUGUUCACCAUCAUGGGACGGUGUGUCGUGUGAAAAAAGUACAUUGAUAUCUCAAAUGUCAAGGUCACACUUGGAGUUUUAAAGGCUCUAUAAAGGUGAAGAUCCGUUAUUAUUUACCGAUUUCUAAAUAUUUUUUUCAUAUUUUAUUUAUAACGGUUAUCAAAAAACAAUAUAUAUAUAUAUGCUAUUGAACAUUACAAUAAAAAAUGAGCAAUACAACUUGUUUGAACUCAAAAUAAAGUGUCCUCCAAGUCAAUUGUGUUUACAAACAAUCAGUUUAUUUACAUCGCUGUUUACUCGGAAAAGAGAAAGUGAAAGUGACUCAGGUCACCAAAAAUAUAACGAUGAUUUUUAACGUUUUCCGGUAUCACCCACAAAGUAGGUCUCUUCUAAAUGGUUAAAACGUUUGUAGUGAUCUAAUAAGUUACUUUCUGCUGGUUAAAAGUUGUUUAAAAUAGAAUUAAAAUUGAGUUUUCUUUCGGCUAUUUUUGGCAUGUCACCGCUCUGAGGCUACACAUCACGUUAGUUGCAAAAAUGUAAACAUUUCUUCCAAUUAUGAAACGGGUUUAUCUUCCAUAAUUCUUGACAAUGUUGUACCUAAGCUGUUUUAUUAGCAGUUUUUAUGCAAGAGUUACGGAAAUCCGGUAAAAAUCAGACCAGUUGAUAUGCAUAAUAACUGUAUUUGUCACCUUUAUAGAGCCUUUAAGGUCAAAUGCUUGUCCGGGCAAUAACUUUGUCAUUUAUGGUGAGAUUUUAAAAUCAUUUGUAUAAUUUGUUCACCAUGAUUGGAGGUGUGUCGCGCAAAAGAAUUACGUCGAUAUCUCCAAGGUCAAGGUCACACUUUGACGUUAAAGAUCAUAAAUUAACUUGUCCGGGCCAUAACUAUGUCAUUCAUUGUAAGAUUUUAAUAUCAUUUGGCACAUUUGUUCACCAUCAUUGAACGGCGUGUUGUGCGAAAGAAUUACGUCGAUAUCUUCAAGGUCAAAGUCACACUUAAAGUUCAAAGGUCAAAAAUGGCCAUAAAUGAGCUUGUCCGGGCCAUGACUAUGCUGUUCAUUGUGAGAAUUAAAAAUCAUUUGGCACAUUUGUUCACCAUCAUUGGACGGUGUGUCACGCGAAAGAAUUAAGUUGAUAUCUUCAAGGUUAAGGUCACACUUUGAGUUCAAAGGUCAAAAAUGGCAAUAAAUGAGCUUGUCCGGGCCAUAACUAUGUCGUUUAUUGUGAGAUUUUAAAAUCAUUUGGAACAUUUGUUCACCAUCAUUGGAUGGUGUGUCGCGCGAAAGAAUUAUGUCGAUAUCUCUAAGGUCAAGGUCACACUUUGAGUUCAAAGGUCAAAAAUAGCCAUAAAUGAGCUUGUCCGGGCCAUAACUAUGUUGUUUAUUGUGAGAUUUUAAAAUCAUUUGGCACAUUUGUUCACCAUCAUUGGACGCUGUGUCGCGCGAAAGAAUUACGUCGAUAUCUCCAAGGUCAAGGUCACACUGAGUUCAAAGGUCAAAAAUUGCAAUAAUGAUCUUGUCUGGACCAUAACUAUGUCAUUCAUUGUGAGAUUUUAAAAUGACUCUGUACAUUAAUUUUGUUCACAGUCAUUGGAUGGUGUGUCAUGUGGAAGAAUUCAAGAGUUCAAAGGUCAAAAUGGCUAUAAAUGAUUAUGGCUUAAUAAUUCUUAAAAAUUGCCAUAAAUUUGAUUCUCUUGUUUUGUGAAGACAGCAUGCAAAAUAGUCUGUGUCAAUGCAGCACGUGGGGGUAUACGUCACGUCUGUGACAAAGCUCUAGUUUAGUCAAGGCCUUUUCAAGGGUCCAGUUUCUAAAAUAUAAAUGUUAAGGAGAUACAUUACAUUGACCAUAAGCCCUUGGAUUUAAUAUACUUUUUUAUGUUGUUUUUUUUAAAGCAGGCCAUUUUUUAUUAAUAAAGAACACACUGAAUGUUUUAUUAUAAUCUUUUUUAAUUUUACUGAUUAUUAUGAUUAAAUCAGAAUACGUAGUAAGUUAUAUAACCAGUUAAUUAUAUUUACAUAAGCACUUUUUUAAGAAAAGAUUUGGUGUAAAUAUAAGAAAAAAACAGAAGUUGCCAAAACUAAAAAAAAAUUGGUAGAUAUUGUUUUAUAUCGACAUAUUUCUAAUCAAAAUACAUAAAAUCAUCAUUUAAGUUGGUAACAAUUAAACUUUUUGGUAAGUAUUACUCGUCAAUGCAGUUUCUGUGCACGCUAUAAAUAGAAAUGUUGAUAAGUUUUACUAUGUUUGUAUCAAGCCUACAUUAAUGUAUAUAUUAUUUUUGCACCCAGAGUAGUCAAACAUGAAGAGAUAAAAAUAUUUUGUGUGUGUGUGUGUGAAAUAAACAUCACUUUCUGUCGUUUUUCAAUAAUGAUCACUUGAUAUGGUUUAAAUUAUAACAUGUUAACCCUUAAAGCGCUGGAGCUGAAUUUUAAAGGCCUUUGCAAACAGUUUGGAUCCAGAUGAGACGCCACAGAACAUGGCGUCUCAUCUGGAUCCAAACUGUUUGCUAUUCUGAUAGUAUUCUUUGAAAAAAAAUGAAGAAAAUGCUUAUUUUACAAAUUCAGCAGACGACAUUUUAUCAGACGACAAAUUUCCCAGCAUGCAAAGGGUUAAAAUGGCGAAAUAAUACAAAAUAAAGAAUGUUACUGUUAUUUUCCGUUACAUUUUGUUGCCACACAAUGAUCUGUUAUUUAAAGUAGCAGAUGCAUCAAUAAGUCCCUAUAGCUGAGUGAUGAAGGUGAGAUUUUUUUUUAUAUAACACAUUUAUGUAGCGCCCUUUUCAAAAUGUAUGUGAAUUCAAAGGCUCUUUACAUUUUUCCCUGAUCACUUGGUCAUAAGUCGUCUGUUAACAUCAUGGAGCAGUAUGCAGCCACGGCACAUUGGCUUAUUUCCCUCACAGGUACCCAUUUAUACACCUGGGUGGAGAGGAGCAGAUGAGGGAUAAAUUUCUUGCUCAAGGAAAUUCCAGCGGUCAGGGCGGGAUGCGAACCCGGGACCUCUUGAUCCCUAAGCCAGCGUCCUACCAUUAGACCACUGCUCCCACAAAGCAUGAGAGCAUUUUAAGCUUAAGGACACUGGACCUAUCCUCAAUUAGGAGAAUUUUCAACCUUUAUUUUUUUCGUCAAAUCCAUUCUGAUUAUUAUAAUGGAGCUCUACGGUUGGUGUGUAAAUCAAGCAAUUUAAGGCAUUUACUUACUUACACACACAAGCCCCAAUCUGUGAAAGUGUUUUAAAAAUUACAUUAAAUUUAAUAAGUGUAGAUAAAGCUAUUUGUUGAAAUUGUUUUUGGUGAUUUGUCAGUAAAUGCCUCUAGUUUUAUUGUCUUAAACUGUUUUAUUCUUGAUUAAACAAGAACAACACAAAUUGAUAUAAUAUCAUAUUCAAUACUUCAGAAAUACAUUAAGAUUGAAUGAAUUUGUUGUUUUUUUCCACUGUAAUAUAAAUUAAAUUAAAUGUUCUGUAGACACUUGUGGAUUUUGUUCUUGGAUGUUCUGUCGUUUUUUUUCCCACAGGACCACCAAUAUUUUAAUCUCCAGAAUUUUGUACAUAAUCAGACUUACCCAGAAAUCAAACACAUCUGUAGCUUGUUUUCGAACAAGGUUUUUGCAUAGUGGGUGCAGCAGUAUAAUAUAUGAGAUUGAUGUAUCACAGACAUAUUCUUUAACCCUUUCAGUGCGGGAACCGAAUUUUAAAGGCCUUUGCAAACAGUUUGGAUCCAGAUGAGACGCCACAGAACGUGGCGUCUCAUCAGGAUCCAAACUGUUUGCUAUUCUGAUAGUAUUCUUUGAAAAAAAUCGAAGAAAAUGCUAAUUUUAGAAAUUCUGCAGACGACAUUUUAGCAGACGACAAAUUUCCCAGCAUGCAAAGGGUUAAUUGUGUGUAUAGAGAUUAUAGUACGUUUGGUUUACACGUUCCCAUUAUUUUUGAAACCCGUUCUUAUUGCGUCUAAAGAUUAGUUUGCCAUUUGUGGUCAUAUUAAAUGACUUAGGAGCAAAAUAAAAAAGUGCAUUUGAUUUUAUUUAGAGUUGUGUUUGUUACGUUUAUAAGAUGUUUUGUGUCCAUGUAUAUUUACAGGUAUAUUAUGUAUUUGUACAAAAAAAAAUAAAAUAAAAUUCAUAAAACAUGUGGUCGAACAUUA